AAUCAACGAACAAAAUAUUCAAGCCCAACUAGUGUUUUUAAGGUAUUUUUGAGAAAAGAGAUGAAAGUAGUUCCAUAAGUGAAGAUAAGUUAUCCAAAACAAAAGGAGCACAACCGUCUAGAACCUUAAGCCAUCCACAAAUCAAUCUCAUUAUCAGCAAUGCCACGUCACACUCCAUUAUCUGCCACGUAAUCACACCUGACAAAUCACAACAAAUCAAUAGAUUCUCCCUUCAAAAUUCCAACCAAUCAAAACCUUCACACGUGUCAUCCCCACAUCCACCAAAUUAUGCAUUUAGUCCAACCCAUUUCUCCAACACAUCUCAUAUCUUCCAUAACCAUCACAAAAUCAAAAAGCUUAAUCGGUGGUACUCAUGGCUUCAGUGGCGGCUUCAACGGCGGCGGCUUGCUUAGGUAAGUCGGAAUUGUUGGGAAACCAACUUAACUUGAGAAAUGCGGCUCCGGCUCCGGCUCCAACAGCCGCCACACAGAGUGCUGGAACUUCAAAGAUAGUGGCUUUAUUUGGUAAGAAAAAGGCGGCUCCGGCUCCGGCGCCGACUAAAGCUAAGACGGCUGCAUCUUCGUCCAUUGAUGAUGAGCUUGCUAAAUGGUAUGGUCCUGACCGUAGGAUCUUUUUGCCUGAUGGUCUUUUGGAUCGCUCUGAAAUCCCUGAAUACCUUAAUGGAGAAGUUCCUGGAGACUAUGGCUAUGAUCCUUUUGGUCUCAGCAAGAAGCCAGAAGACUUUGCUAAAUACCAAGCAUAUGAGUUGAUUCAUGCCCGUUGGGCCAUGCUUGGAGCAGCUGGGUUCAUUAUUCCAGAAGCAUUCAACAAAUUUGGUGCAAACUGUGGCCCUGAAGCUGUUUGGUUCAAGACUGGUGCUCUAUUGCUUGAUGGCAACACCUUGAACUACUUUGGAAAAAACAUUCCCAUCAACCUUAUCUUUGCUGUUAUUGCUGAGGUUGUUCUUGUUGGUGGUGCUGAGUACUACAGAAUCAUCAAUGGAUUGGAUUUGGAAGACAAGCUACACCCAGGAGGCCCAUUUGACCCAUUGGGCUUAGCAAAUGACCCAGACCAAGCAGCCAUAUUGAAGGUGAAGGAGAUCAAGAACGGAAGACUUGCUAUGUUUUCAAUGUUGGGCUUUUUUAUUCAGGCCUAUGUUACAGGCCAAGGCCCAGUUGAGAAUUUGGCAGCUCAUCUAAGUGACCCAUUUGGAAACAACUUGCUUACUGUUAUUUCUGGAGCAGCUGAAAGAGCUCCUACUCUGUAAUUUUCUAAUUAAUAGUAGGCUUUGAUUUGUAAUAUCUUAAGCCCAAAACAAAAAAAAAGACUUACUUUUUUCAUGGGGCCCAUGUUAAUGUUAAUAUAUCAACUAUUAUAAUUUUUGAGAUGAGACUAAAAUGCCCUAUAUUAUCUUCA